AUGGUGCAACUUUUAGUGCAAGGCUCAGAGCGAACCAUCCGCACCCGUACGUUGUCUAUGAGUAUGGAGCAGGUUGAUGACCGUAUCUCCAGAAUCAUCCUGGCUCAUGGAUGCGCUGUUGAGUUUGAGGAUAGUGACCAUGCGAUGUACCCGUGCUGUGACAGGCUGGACACUGAUUAUAGUCUCAUUGCGCCAAUCGUUCGGGUCAUUAAUGCUGGGAAUGUGGAUAUGGUGCGACUGUUGGUUAACGAGAAAGGAGCCUCGGUCAAUGUCUGGUAUCAAGGACUGUAUAAAUCUCAGUCAACACGGUUACAAGGCUCCGCUUUACAAUUGGCAAUAGAUCUAGGCCAGAUGGAUAUCAUUCAGUUUCUUCGGGAUAAUGGGGCGCAGGAAGAGGUGGAAAGCUGGUGGACACGUUGGUUUAGGACAUGGACGUAG